UGUAUCAUUGUAGUUCCACUUUAUCAUUCUAACUGAACGAUUUAAAUGUGAAAAAGAAUUUAAAAGCAUGACAUGUCUCUUCUAGGUUUACAGACUUAUGUUUUUACUCGGGAUGRCUGCUGUGUAGGAAGCUGCUGCCGUCAGAUUAUUAGUGUGAAUGUUUAUAUAUAUAUAGAAAACUUUCGUUUGGGUGGUCUGUGGGUGCUGUUCCGUUGCAACAAAGGAAACUGCAGCGGGUGGUAGUUAUGACGAAUCGGGGAGACGUGAGGUUGAUUACACCCUCACACACUGUCCACAGUCAGACASWGWGAGUGAGAUUUCCUUUGUGUUGUCAUGCAUWAUGACCUGAAAACAAACCCCCACUUCCACACACUUUCUGUGAUAUUCAAGUAAAUGCCAAGAGWGUUGUUUUGCUGCUUUAUGAUGUUUCUCAACUCCUGUUUCGUCCUCCAGACCAAAAACACGUUGAGUUAACUGGUAGCUCUAGAUUGUCAGUGAGAAUUUAAGUUUGUCUGCRUGUGAUAGUCUUGGGAUCUGUCCAGUGUCUCCCCCUCCUCUUAUAUAARGACUGCUGGAGACAGGCACCAGCUUCCCUGCAACCCAAAAAGGAGGAAUGAUUGGAUCYUGUUUCUUGUCCAUUACAAGAGUUUGCACCUCCUAACUUCCCUUUCAGUUCUAUUUUUUUUUUUUUGACUUGUUGGUCCAUAUUUAUCGGGAACACGUGAACUUCUGCUUCUGUAAAAUCGUAAUAAGASUUGAUGCAGCUUUCACUUUCUGUACAGUCGCAGUGGAGAGUUCARGGGGAAAUUUCUCCACUGGGUGUGAUGGCAGGCGGGGGGGAGUUUCCACUGCUGCAGAGGCGGAGUUACAUGAAGGGGCCUGAUUUGUGAGCAAGGGCCUGUGGUCACAUGUGGUGGAAGAAACACUACGUUGAAAGUGUUUGCACUGUGGCUUUGAUACAGUGGCAAAUCCAAGCAGCCAUUUAUUUUGCACACAGACUGAGAUCGGGACGCUGCUUCACGUCUUUGCCUCAGWCAUCAAUGACAGUGGUGUAGAAAUGAAACUUCUUGAUCUGGGAGACUCCAUUGGUCGCUUCAGGUUUGCCCAGUCUUGUUUGGGAUUAGUAGGCUGCCUCUGUGUGAACUAUGCUGUCUGGACACCCUUCUGGCUGAARCAGAAGGGGCUGUGGGCGACAUGGAACGAGGACACAAGCGACCAGACUAAUAGCAAAGACAAUGUUUUCAAUGCUCUGGAAGCAGAGAGAGUCUUUGGUGUUAUUUCCUUCCUGAUGGCUGUGAGCACUGGAGCUCUCUGCCUGGUGUUCGCCCUCUGCUGGAGGUUCCAGACGGUGCGGUCCUACUCCAACACGCGCUCUCUCCUCAUGGCCAAACAGGCCCUCUACCCAACCACCCUGCUGCUGCUCACCAUGGCCUCCACAGGUUUCUUCUUCCUCCUAAGCUGGUCCCUUUUCACCUAUCAGCAUCAGGAGGAUAUUCGUCAGGACUUUACCAGCCUUGGAUCCUCUUACUGGCUGGGAGCCGUAGGCUGGAUCCUGCUGCUGGUCGUGGAGUCGUUCGUUUUUAUCGCCGAACAAGCUGUCGUGCCGGACAUCAUACCUGACUUGGAGAUUGCUGUGGAGGAGUGGCGGAUUUCUUCUGCUAAAAGGCUUUUCAGCGAUGAGUACAAGCCUGCUCUCGGCAAAAGCAACAUAGCUCCAAAGAGGGACAUAUUCAGUGUUUUGAAGGAAGCUCAUAAAUAAGGGCGUGAUGUUUGAAACACAGAGACUCAUUAUGAUUAUCUGAAUUUUAUCAGUCGACGGGACCAAACACAUCCAUCACCUGCAGGGCUGACGAGUACUUCACCUUGUCUUUAUCACUGACUUAAAAAAACACUAAGGAAGAGUAUUUUUUACUGAAAAACCUGGACAUUAAAUUAAAGACUGGAAAGUACUGAUGUUCAGGAGGAUUUUGUUCAGUUUUGCUUACCUGCCUGAAACAAAUCCCAAUGUGUUUGUGGGCCUUUAGCUGGGAAAAAAUGUAAACAAAACACUUUUACUCAGUCAGGCUCUUCACUUGAAAGUUUCUUGUUACUUGAUAAAUUUGAAAGCGGAACUGUUUUGUUAAGACUUGCGAAACUUCAACAUGUUUAACCAAAUGUGAAACUUUAUUAAACUAUUUUAUAACUUUGUUAUAAAGAGCACAUGAACAAUGUAACACUGUAAAUACACUGCACUGAUUCUUUUUAUAAAAGAGGGAAAAAAACUGAAUAGUUGUUUUUAUUGAUAAUAAAGAAAACUAAAACUGCA